AUGAAUACUACAGCACCGGACAAUACAACGGAAGAGACGAAUUCAAGUUUAUCAUUGGGUCCGGCAUGGACUUACGUACAAACAACUGAGACAGUCAUCGCUGUCGUCGGGAUUCUAAGCAAUUUGAUGGUUAUUAUCGUUAUGCUUGGCACGCCGUCUCUUCGAUCACAUCUCACGUCCAGGCUCACUGCGUCACUGGCUGUAGCAGACCUACUGGCCUCCGCCUUUCUUGUACCGCGAACGUUACGAGGAUUUUUCGCUGUACCGUCUGGAAUAGCUGGUGAGAUUUACUGUCGAACUGUCAGAGCUAUGAUUCUGUGGGUGAGUUUUGUGGCUUCUACUUACACUUUAGUAGCGAUUGCCUUGGAAAGAUAUUUUGCCAUCGUUCAUCCGUUGCAGUAUAACAGAUACAAGGGAAAGAUGUCGGCAUUGCCAGUCAUCGUGUGUGUCUGGCUUCUAGCCUUCACCGUGCAGAGUUUUAAUGUCUACAACAAUUCAUACGAUCCCGAAAGAGAAAAUUGCCGCUACCAGUGGCCAUUUGACGACUGGUACCAAACGUUCGUUGGUGUUGGCUUAUUCUUCGCCACAUACUUCGUUCCAGGGGCUAUCCUAUUGGUUGCGUUUGUUAGAAUUCUACUUGCUCUCCGUGAAAGUGAACGUAAAGUUGUACAAGGCGCCGCAGCUCACGGUAACGCAACACCAGGCAGGAUACGUACAAGGAAAAAAAUUAUUAAGAUGUUCAUAGUUGUUUGCCUAUCAUUCUUACUCUGCUGGGGACCCAAUCAAUUUCUUUUUCUAAUUCUCAAUAUCGAGCCAGAUACAGACGUUAGCGAUGUCAUAUAUAAUUUUACUCGCAUUUUAGCUGGCCUCAACUCAUGUCUUAAUCCGUUUAUUUACACAGUUUGGAACAAAUCUUUUCGAAACGGAAUUGUAGUAAUAUUCUGCAGGUCCAAAUUUAAAGUCGGAACUUUGGAUUUCAGUCAAGGCGGUCCAUCACACACGAAUACGACAGCGGGACAACCGGAAAACCAUAAAUAA